AUGACGGUGUGGCAGGAGAAGAAGGUCGUAUCAGUGUUAUUCCUGGACAUCAAAGGCGCCUUCCCCAACGCGGUCCCGGAAGUCCUCAUCCAUGACAUGCGGAUGAGACGGAUACCCAAGGCGAUCACCGAUUUCAUCUGGCAGCUACUUCAGGGGCGACGCACACGUUUGCACUUUGACGAUUUUGAAUCGGACUGGUUCGACGUCGAGAACGGCAUCCCACAGGGCGAUCCUCUUUCACUGAUCAUGUACCUGUUCAAUGGAGGUGAUCUGCUCGAGGUAUCUGCUAAGUACCCAGACGAAGAUGCAGGCGGCUUCGUAGACGACACGUACCUCCUGGCCAUAGGCGACACAAUCGACGAAACCACUCAGCACCUUGCGGAGAUGUACAACUGCGAUGGCAGGGCGCAUGACUGGGCGCGAUCUCACCACUUGAAGUUUGAGGCCUCUAAGUUCCACCUUAUGCAUAUGACACGGCGAAUGAUUCGUGGCGACGAUGGGAUACGUCGUCUCCUAGCGCUUGUCGGACCAUCCUUGACUCUUGGCGGCCACACAUUGAACCCGGAGGCGACUCAACUCUUCCUAGGUGUACUCUUCAACUUUACCCUACGGUUCAAAGAGCAAGCCACCCGUGCCGCAGCACGGGGGAAGUCGUACACUACGCAGGCAGUGCUCAUAAUCACGGGAGGACUGCAGUCGUCGCCUACUGACUUCUUAGACAUACACGCCAACUUGCUACCAAUGCGCCUACUGAUAGCACUGGAGUGCCACCGAGCAGUUGUCUGCAUCGCGGCUCUUCCAGAAACGCACCCGUUGCACCAGGUCGCAUGUUGCAGUGCGCGUCGGCUACCAGCCACGUUCUACACGCCGCUGCAAUACCUCUUCGCCAUGUUCCCGGAGCUGCACCCGGAUAGGGUCGAGACAAUCCAGCCGUGCCGAGUCAACCCUGGAUAUGCAGACUACCCCUUCACGACGCAUAUAGCGGAGUCGCGCGAGGAGUCGCAGCGGGAGGACCGAGAGUUAGAUACCGACAUCCGGGUGUACUCGGACGGGUCGGGAUUGGACGGACAGGCAGGGGCGGCUGCUGUCCUUGUUUGGUUCGAUGGUGUGCGGGACACGCGGCGCACUCUGUGCUACCACCUCGGGCCGCUCACACAGCACACGGUUUAUGAAGCCGAAGCGAUAGGUAUAGUCCUUGGUGCCCACCUCAUACUGACCGAGACUGUAGACCCUUCACGCCCAUCGUCCAUCAGCCUUGACAACCAACCGGUCAUACGCACGACGAGGCAGGUUCACCGGGCUCAGCCCGGACACUACCUAUUGGAUGAAUUCCGCGAGUUGGCUGGGGCAUUGCGACAAUCGCGGGACGAGGCGUACAGCCUACUCACGCAGUGGGUGUCCGGGCACGACGACUUGGAACUCAACGAGUACACGGACUCUGAGGCGAAACGGGCGGCGAAAGGGGAGUCGAGCAAGGCGGCUGAGCUGCCGCUCAUGCUGCGCGAAUCUCCGCCGGAGACUCUACUGGCGAGUGUGGCGGCACUGCGGCAGGAGUACAGGCCGUGCUUGCACAAGCGGUGGGUGAAGGACUGGCAAGUCUCGCCGCGAUACGAACGUCUUCAAUACGUCGCACCGACAGCUCCAGCCCCGACACUACUGCGUUCCACCGGGGAACUCUCCCACCUCUCGAGCUCUCUCCUGUUCCAACUAGGAACCGGCCACGUACCGCUCAACGCGCACCUUCGACGAGUCGGGGCGGCGCGUUUGCCGACUUGUCUGGCCUGCUUCGCCGCUGACGAGAUGGUGGAUCACUUCAUCUUCGAUUGCCCGGCUUACGAAUGA